UAUCUAUUUAUCUAUCUAUUUAUUUAUUUAUUUAUUUAUUUAUUUAUGUAGGCUAUUUAUUUAUUUAUGAAUUGGCAAACAACUAAAAAAGAAACAUUCCAUAAUGUCAAAAUUGGUUAGUUGUAUGUAGAACAAGGGUCAGCAACCUUCACAAUCGAAAGAGACAUUUUUGCAUUGGCGUUUUCAAAAUAAAACUUAAUUUUACAGUAUAGUCCAAGAAUAAUAUGAUACAUUUAUGACCAAACAAUAUGCAUCUUCUGAAUACUGAUAAUAUUUAUAGAAAUAACUUGUUCAAUUGGUGUCAUUUUAAUGUAGAAAACAGAAGAACUGAUACAAUUAGUUUCUUUUCAUUUCUACACUAGCUUCAUAUUUUUGGCUGAAAUUGUGAAAAGCUGUCGUAAAUGAAUUACAAGACAAUGAUGACCAUAAACCUCUAACUGGAAGUGUGUACCUCAAAAAUAUGGAUGUACAUCAUAUUUGUUUUCACAUCACCAAAGCAACAGCUGAGAGGGAGCUAGACUGUGUUAAAGUUUAAUGUUUAGCGAUUGCACUUGUCACUCGUCGGCCCCCUCUGUUACCUCGACCUCCAGCAGAUUGCAGGUCAGACCUCUGUGUCUCUAAUCACUAUGAUUAGAUCCAAUCAAAUAAAUAGCUAGUGUGCUGCUGAUAUUCAGCCACAAUGGAGACAGUGUGACCAAAUGAUUAGAAGACGAUGAGCUCAGAGGUUGCUGGUUCAACUUCCAAACGUGAAAGUCUGAUACACCAGACAAACACUCUGUGGCUGCUGCAUCUGUUGCAUCUAAGCAUUCACAAUUGAUCAAAACAUUUCUGGACAACAAGCCUCCACUGCAGGGGGCUGACUGCAACAAGCUACCUAGGGCAGUCUCUGUGGCAACUGCAUGCAUGGUUGAAGAGUGAUGUUUCACGUCCACGCUCCAAUGAGCAGAAAGAGUGAAAAGAGGAAGGGGGGAGACGGGGAUCUUGGUUCCAUGCCUUGCGGGGGACAGCUAGCAUUACAUGAGAGUGAAUCAGAGUGAUGACAUUGUUUCUAAGUACCAGCUCGGUGCACCUAUAAAUGUCCGACCCUCUCGGACAGGCUAUUCACCUGUCUGAGCUGCUUUGGACGAAUUAUCGAUACAAAAGAGGGAAGCUGGAAGAGGGUUACAAUUUGAGCUACAGGGAGGAGUCUAGCGCUUUGUUGUCAUUUUGAUGUGCAUUACUGGUGUCAGGUUUCCUGAUUGUUUCAGAGGAAACUAAGUAUUGAUCCUGAAUGGCUGCUGAAAAGUUCUCCAUGGUGGGACGAAGUAAAGAGAAAGAUUAAUCGCUGAUGCUCAUCUGGUCCACACCCUGCUUCACCUUUGGCUGGCAUGAGAAUUUUUAUUUUUGACUGUUUAAUUUCCCAUCUCCAUCCAGUUUGACAUGUUACGUGAAUAUCUUUUUAGUGCGGCUACGGUUUUUAAAUCCUGAAGGACCCUUAGCCCAAUGGAGAAAAAAUACCCAGCAAUUGCAGGGAAGGAGAAAGGACCAGGACCUGGGCGCUAUGGAUUGCCUCCCACCAUUGGGUUUGUCGGCCAUGACUUCACAAAACCAAGCAGCCCGGCCUACUCUUUCCACGGCAAGAUCAGUAAUAAGAUGCUUUCUCUCGACUCCAGUCCAGGGCCUCUGUAUCAUGUUGAUGCAAAAAUCACUCGCUUUGGAAAGGAUGGCGCACCUGCAUAUACAAUGUUGAGUAGAAUGAAAGCACAGAUAGAAGAGCUAUUCAGCACACCUGGACCUGGUACGUACAGUCCCGAGAAAGCUCCGCCCUGCAACCUGCAGCGCAGACCGCCCUCCUACACGAUGGGUCGUCGCACCCGCUACCGCACCGUCGACCCGGUCCCCGCUCCCAACAAGUACAGCCUGCCUCCGCUCCUUGGCUCCCACAUCCCAAACAAGAGAGCCAGCGCAAGUUUCACUAUGCCGGGCACUUUCAGCACCGGGGGACCGUCUGAGGAUUUAGCCAAGACGCCCGGACCCUGCCGGUACAACAGCACGGACCCGAGCGUGUAUCGGCCGCGGCAGCCCGCGUUCUCCAUGUUGGGACGUCACGACGUACCCAAAGACAAAAGCGAAAAGCCCGGCCCAGGGGCGUACAACCCCGAGAACGUCACGGCUCACAAGAGCAGAGCGCCAGCAUACUCCAUGGGCGUCAGACACUCGGAGUUUGUCACGCCACUAGUGGUCGGGUUUUCUGACUAACAGAGUCAAAUAAACAAGUCUGGAAUAAUAAAAAAAAACAUGUUGUAGUUAACAUUUUAU